UUUUCAUCUCAACUUGAUUUCUAUUACGCUUUGAUUGCUUGGUAAUGAGAGAACAGGACAGUUAGUCACGUACAGUCCACCUGUUUUAUAUGAUUAUAUAAAUGACUAAAUAUGAUCAACCUGCACAAUUCAUGGAUACAAGUAAACCAUAUUUAUAAGACUUUGAUGAUGGGGAAAGGUCAACAGAAUUAACCUAUUUCUUGAAAAUUUGAAUUAAUUUUUGUAAAUUUUAAAUUCUAUAUAGAAAAUAUAUAUUUUGUGUAUAAAUUAAGGUCAUGCAUACAACAUGUAUUUUAAUGUUUGCUUUUAUUAUAUUUCUUAAGACUACGGUUAAAAGUGUUACUGAAUUUUUUUUCUGAUGACUGAUGGAGAAUCUUUGCUUUUGUAAAGUUUUAUGUCAAGGUGAUUAUGCAGACUGGUUUCUCAGGAUCUCUGUUCCACAGAUGCCAGGAAGGUUGUGUUUUCUGAACAGCUGAUAGUGUGGUGUAGGGCAAUGCCUGUAAAUUUAAAGUCUUCAGCCCAGUUCUAUUUCCCUAGCAUUGCUUUCAUGUCUACAGGUGAUAGAUUUUAACAUCAUCUGGUAGGAAUUGAUUGUUUGCCAUCAGAGGUAUAACUGUUUGUGCAAAACAAAGUGUGAAAUUAUUUUAUAAAAUGCUGCUGAAGUUCUCAAUCUUUUAAUUACCAGUUAAUUACCCAUUUCAUAUAUAUUGCAAGGAAAAUGAAAUAUUGGAGACAAGAAAAUCCACUUAAUCGUUCAAAAUUGUUAGUUAAUCAAGUAGAUGGUAAAAUAUGAUUUGAAAAUAUAAGGUGUCAAGAUGUACUGUGCUGUAUAACUGUCAGUGAAAGUUAUUCAGUUGACCAGAAGAGGUUGCCUGGUAAGUUUUGUACAUAUAUAUCAGUAGGAAUCUUUGUAAAUGUCACUAGAUGAUAUUAGGUGGAAAACGGUUAUUUACCAUUUUUAAAACCAAUAUUCCACUAUAUUCCAUUGAGUUUAUUCCUUCCAGGACUGAAAUCAAGCCAAAGAUUUUUGCAAAAGUAUGAAUACAAAUACAUGUCUAAUUCCAUAUAGAGAAAUGCAGGUUCAUGGCCUGCAUGAUUAUUAGAAAUUAUGUUAUGUGUGCCACUCACUGGUGUCCAAGAUCCCACUUAAACCAGUCACCAUUAUGGUGUCAAAGAUCCCACUUAAGCCAGUCACCACUCUGAUGUCCAAGAUCCCACUUAAACUGGUCCCCACUCUGAUUUCCAAGAUCCCACUUAAGCCAGUCCCCACUCUGAUGUCGAAAAUCCCACUUAAACCAGUCACCACUCCGAUGUCCAAUAUCCCACUUAAGCCAGUCACCACUCUGAUGUCCAAGAUCCCACUUAAACCAGUCCUCACUCUGAUGUCCAAGAUCCCACUUAAACCAGUCCACACUCUGAUGUUCAAGGUCCCACUUAAACCAGUCACCACUCUGAUGUUCAAGAUCCCACUUAAACCAGUCACCACUCUGAUGUCUAAGAUCCCACUUAAACCAGUCACCACUUGGAUGGAUGUCCAAGAUCCCACUUAAACCAGUCACCACUGGAAUGUCCAAGAUCCACUUAAACUAGUCCCCACUAUGGUGUCCAAGAACCCACUUAAACCAGUCACCACUCUGGUGUCCAAGAUCCCCCUUAAACUAGUCCCCAUGCUGAUAUGUCCAAGAUCCCACUUAACUAGUCCCCACUCUGGUGUCCAAGAUCCCACUUAACUGGUCCCCACUCUUAUGUCCAAGAUUCCACUUAAACUAGUCCUUACUCUGAUGUCCAAGAUCCCACUUAAACUAGUUCCCACUCUGAUGUCCAAGAUCCCACUUAAACUAGUCCCCACUCUGAUGUCCAAGAUCCCACUUAAACAAAUCACCAGUCUCGAUUGCUUAUAAGGAUGUAUAACACAUAUCUAAUAUAGAAAAUUGUAAUGGAUGAAAAAUAUUAUUUGUAAGGUAUGUAUGAUUAUCUUAUGGUAAGGAGAUUUAUUUUACCUAUUCUAGUAAGAAAUUGCAUCAUUGAGAGCAAAGGUUAAAUCCUUGCAGGGUUCAUAUUCUAUAGAAGUGUAAUGCUUUAGUCUGCUGACCGGAUAGUUGUAUGACAGAUUUUUAUCUAAGCAAUGGUUACAUCUUUACAUUCAUAUCUUUAAACUGUUUUAAAAAUGUCCAAGUGCACAUCAUCAUUUGAAGUUUAGGAAUUAAUUUUUUAUUUCAUUUUUUUGUUGCCAGCAUUUUGAAUAGGUUUAGAAUAUUUAAAUAAUCUUUUGUCAACAUUUUUAUUAAGAAUUGCUCUGAAGCUACUAUUGAGAGUGCUGUUAGAAUAUCCACAUAAAGACUCUGAUAUUGUUUAAUGUUUUGAAUGAAAAAGGCAAGUGUUUAGAAAAUUUAAUGUAUAAAUGUAUAUGGAUUAAACGUCAUCUUCUUUCACACUUUCACAAAAUACAAUUUAAAUGUUCAAGUGUCGCCUUUUCUGAUUGAAGUUUGUCCCAAUUAUCUGGUGCUGAUAAUUUCAAAUUCUUUUGAACCAAUUUCAGCUACUGAGCACAUCAACAUUUGUAGAAACUUUAUAUUCUGUUGUCAGUUUAAAAAAACUGAUGUAAAAAGUAUUUUGAAAUGUUCUUUUCAAGGAUUGCAAUGUUUGGAACUGACUAAUCAAUAUGUAGUGUAGAUUCAAGUUUCAGACCCUGGUGUCUUAAAGACCAGGGAUAAGUGGAGUAAAGCAUUGAUAAUCCUCUUAAAAGAUCUUUGUAAACAAAUAGACAAGCAGCAUCAUGUAAUGUAGGUUCAAGCAGUCAAGCUGGAUGGGGGUUAAAUUGACACACAAUCAUCUGGUGUAUAUUCAGGGGGUGGGGGUGGGGAUGGGGUGGUUAUAAUUAAGUUUGAAGUCACAGUGACAAGUCCAAAUAUUAUAGGGAAAAUAUUAAAUAUAUUUCCUCAGUAGAAACAUAAACGAUAAUGUUGUAAUAAUAAUGCUUUAUUUAGAGAAGGUAGCCCAAUUAGUACAAUUCAGGUACUAUUCUUCCCCGGGGCCUUCUCGAAUAUAAAUGAUAUACACAUAGUGAUAGGUACAAUCAAAGAUAAGCAUGUAAUGAUAAUCUACAUGAUUAUAUACAAUGUAUAACAAAGUGGUACUUAAGAAAAUUCUGGAAGUCAAUAUUCAUGGUAUAGAAAAGGUAUAUGUAUGAAGUAAAUGAUGAAAAAAAAAAAUGGGGGGGGGGGGGGUAUGACCAUAUAUACAUGUAUAUAAGAAAUUGUGUAUUUAAAAAUGAUGAAGCCUAAUUGUAAAAUUUUCCACAUUUCUUUUAAAGACAAGUAGAUACAUUUAAUGGUAGCUAGCUUAUUCCAUGCAUGUUCCCCCAAGCAUAGAAGAGAGGUUUAGAAUAGGAAUGUUUGAUGAUUUGGUGAGCGAAGAUUAUUAUUUAAUUCUGAACACAUGGAAUAGGAAUCAUGAGUUUGAAAAACAAAAAGUCCCCGAAGAUAUUCGGGGCUCAUACCAUAUAAAAAGUUUUGUACAAUAAAAUACACUUAUGUAACGUAAUUAAUUCAAACACAUUUACCCGUCCUAACUUUUCAAACAAGGGUUUUGAUGGCUCAUCAGGUGCUGUAUCAGGAAUAAUUCUAGCAGCCCGGUUCUGGAGGUUAAGGAUCCUUUCAAUGUUAGUGUUAGAUGUAUUACCACAAACUGUAAGACAGUAGUUAAUUGAGGGUUUACUAACAUAAUCUUUAUGACAACAUACCGAAGAGAUUGAUCUAUCUGAACACUUAAGAGUUUUCCAACUUCAGCGUAUUAUAAUUUUUUGCCACAGAUUUUUGUAUUAAACAGUGGGUUUUCUAACCUAGACGUCUUUUGUUGUAUACACAUUAACUUUGAUUUGUUUGUGUUCAUAAUCAUUUUGUUCUGUAAACACCAUUAAGUUUUCAGUUUCGCAGAACUCAGAAUUUAGAGUUGUUUCGUUAUUACAUAUUGUAGAUUCCUUGAGUUUCUCUAAAUAAUUUGUGGUCCUUAAAGGGGCAUGGACAAUUGUAGUCCUUAAAGGGGCAUGGACAUGAUUUUGGUAGAAAAAAUAAUACUUCGAUAUUAAUUAGUAAUAUGGUAGUAUUUGAUAUAUGUGUAAACCAUAGUAACAAACCUUAAUUCUUAAAACCAAUGCAAAGAUCAUCUUAACUUCUCAUUUUUUCAAAACAAAGCAUGAGCCAUGUUUAUGUUUACAUAUGGUGCUAAAGUUGAUGGCUUCAGAGAAAAGAGCUUAGUUCUUUACUAAAACUUUGUGCUUGCUCCCUAAACUGAUGUAACGAUAAUCUAUGUCAGAACACUGAAUGUUAUUGACAUACUUUUUAGAAAUCUCGGUGUUCUCACCUAUGCACGUGGUUUACAAACGUUUACUUACAGUCCUAUGAAAUGCACACACAAUUCAUCGAGAUCACUAUAGAUGUAGAUUAACACUGUGUAUACAAGUUGGUUUUUACAUAAACACAAAGUGUAUCCUGUGUAAAAAUAUUUUUAAUCCACUUAAUUAUUUAUAAAAGAUCUUUAUUUUUAUAACAAAAAACCCGUCAAUUUCAAUCAAUCAAAAAUUGUGUCCAUGCCCCUUUAACACAGUGCAAGUCUAGAGAUUUUUUUUACAUCAUUAAUUCAGGUAAUAAAAUCUAACAUUGUAGGUUCAAGUGACAUAGGUGAAAAUUUUAGUCUUUGGGCAAUCUUGGUUUUUUUUUUCUAUUGUAAGUAAAAUUUAUGAAGACAUUUUGAUAAGAUUGGCAAAUAAAUGUUUAUUUCUGUGCGGUAGAAUUGGUUUUUUGAUAACGGCUUUAAUAGAUUUGAAUCUGACUAUACACCUUACAGUGCCAAGUGGAAUGUGUUACAAUCAUGACCAUCACAUGAAGAAUGCUAAUUUAGUUCUGAUGAUCAGGGAAUUAGAGCAAUUAAUAUGAGUUCUUUAAGGAAUACCGGGGAUCUCAAUCCAAGAUCAUCUGUGACGGUUUGUUCAAGCAAAUCCAUUGAAUUUUUCCUAUAUCCACAGUAAAAGUAAGAAUGAUGUCAAAAGAUUUUGGUAACAUGCAUUCAGAUAUUGCUAAGAUAUUUAAGGUUGCUUAACACACCCCAUAAAAUUUUCCAGAUUCAGAAGAGAAUAGUUAUUACCAAUAUUACAGUAAUAUACGUAAAAUAAUGAACAACGGCAGACCAUAGUAUUAUAACUAAUACUAUAGUAAAUAUUUAUAGGAUCACCCCUUAGGUUAGUCAAGUAAAUAAUAUAUGUUGAAUUGGGAAAAACUUGAGAGCCCAAAAACGAUGCUUCUCAUUCUUUUGUAAUUUGGUAAGCAAUAUCUGAUCAUAAAUUUGUUUGAGGUAUUUUCUUGAUGAGAAGAUAUGUUGUUUUUGGCAUGUAUGUGGGUUUUUCUUCAAUUUUAAUGUUAAUCAUGAAUUUUGAAUGAUUAGAGACUUUGUAAGGUCAAGUGGAGGACAUGACCAAAACUCUUGAUACAUAUGUCAAAGGUUAAAUUUUUAACCAUGCAUGGUCAUACCAGUUGUAUGUAAAAUUCUAUUUAUAGACAAGUUAUGUUGAGGUCCAAACUUUGUGGAAGUUGCAUGUGACGUCAAGGUCAUCAAUUUAUCUUCAUGCAAUUACAUGGACUGAAUGGCCAUCUUUGGAAGUCUAGAUACAUUUCAUAAACAUUAUAUUUUUUCACCGUCUGAUAUGCACAGAACUCUGACCUCUUAUAAAGUCUUUUCUUGUUCCCCUCCCCCCCCCAACAUUUCUAUAGGAUAUAAAUCUGUCCAUUCUGUAUAAAAUUGACAAGGAACAAAUCUAUUUUUGGUACAUAGGAAUUUCUGUUCCUACAUGAAACAGGUGAAAGGAAGAGAAUUUAAACAACCAAAGAAUCAAUUGGCUAAAUUGAUACAGUUGUGAAAAUACUUUGUUUGCAAAUUCUCCCUGCAAUCUUGAUAAUGAGGUUAAACAUAUAUUAUAGCAAUACAAAAACACUUGUUUGAACCCAAAGCCUAUAUUCUGCUAUGUCGGUUCUAGAAUUAGCUCUUUGUGUACCAUAUGGCAUCUUUUUGUGUUUAUGCUGGGUUCAUGUGAAUCAGUCAAUGUGUAGUGGAGUGAGCAAUGAAACAAAACAGACUAUUAAGAAAUUAGUAUUGUACAAUUGCAGGAUUUGAUUGGUGAAGUACUUCUGAUAUAAGGUUUUGGAAUCUGUAAUGUUGAUAUUAUGACAUGUAGUGAAUUCUCUGAAUAUCAUUCUUAUAAAAUGAAGUGGUAAUAGGCCAAACAACAGUAGUAUUUUGUUUCUCAUUCUAUAAUCAUGAUCCAGUAUUUUGAUCUGCUUUACACAAAUCUAUAGUGAUUAUUUGUAUCCCCUAAACCUGACCCAAACAACUUUUUCCCCCCAUUUCCUGUUGGUCACCAGUAUUUUGUCCUCUAAAAGUUUAUACUUUCAAAAUUGGACCACUUGCCAUUACACAUUUUAUUUUUUACUGCAUUGAAUUUAAAUGAAAUGUAUUAAGUGUAUAAAAUAUAAGUAUUAGAUUGAAGUAUGGCACUGUGUAUAUUAGAACUGUAUACAUGAUCAUGUAUAGGUGGAUGUCUUAUAGACAUAGUAAAACUUGAAACUUAUAUAUUCAUUGUUGAAGGAUGUUUAAGUUAUCCCUAAAGAAUUCUGGAAAAUGUGUUGUGAAUCUGUUGCUGGUUGUCUUGAGUCAUUUUUCUUCAGUUGUCAUUGAUUUUAACUUUCAGAGAAGCAGGCAUGCUGCUUCAUUUUGGUAAAUGAAAUAGAUAAUUUGAUUUGACUGUUUUUUCUAGUCUUUAUAGUGUGGUGUGCAUGGUGUUUGUAUCAGAAGUAAAGAAAAGUGGCAACCCUGAAGGUGAUACUGUUCAUUCUAUGCUGUGGGACCUGUAGGCUGUCCGAUAAUGGCACCAUGUGAAAACUUUGUUCUAGGGUGUAUGUGAAUUUCUGGUCUUUGAUAGCAAAAUUGAUUUUUAAGACUUGUUCAAACUGUACUGCGUCACUGUUGGGAGUUUGCAAACACUAGGUCUGGGUUUCUGAAGUGGUGCUGGUGCCAAAUUCAGGGCUUUUGGAAAAAUGGCAGUGAACUCAAAAUGUAGGUGUUUUAAGUUGUGGAAAUAAUGAUAGUUAUGUCUGCCUCUGGUGUCACCGUGCGCUCCAUUCGACAAGUGACGGUGUUUACAGUUGGAGCAAUCAGUUUCCUGGAUUUGCCGUUCCAUGUGACACCAGUAUCUGAAGAAGAGCAUGAGUUGGACGCCAACCGAGUGCCCAGUCGGCCGACGCCGGAGCUCAAGUUCGACAUAGAUGAUGAAGGAGACACGCUCAGUAACCACAACAGCAUCACUGCUCUUCUGUCCUCUAAAUUCAGGGAUAUACAGAAACGGCUUAAACAGUAUGGUAUUGAAUCGCCACGUUUUAGAAAAAGACUGGUAUCCAGAUGGGAGAGCUUGAAUUAUGAUGUGUGUGAGAAUGUAUUGUAUCUUAAAGAUCAAGAAAAAUAUAAAUCAAAGAGAUGGGUGACAUUGCGAUGGUUGAGCAAAUGGCUUGUGAUGUUCUUUAUUGGUAUAGGGACUGCUCUGCUAGCGGCUGCCAUUCAUUUUGUGGUGGAAAAACUUGCACACUUUAAAUUUGAUUUGAUUAAACACUAUUUUGAUGACUGUGCCAAAAAUAAUUGCUUAUACCAGCCUGCACUAAUCUGGAUGGGGAUCAACUUAGUAAUCACUGUAGCAGGAGCAUCCCUGGUCACAUUCCUACAGCCAAUGGCAGCUGGCAGUGGUAUCCCAUAUAUCAAGGCGUACCUCAAUGGAGUCAAGAUUCCAGGAUUGCUGACAUUCCGAGCCUUUGUGGCCAAGACAUUGGGUGUAGUCCUGUCCAUUCUGGGGGGUCUGGCCUGUGGAAAGGAAGGGCCAAUGGCACACUCGGGCAGCAUCAUAGCAGCAGGACUGGGACGGGGGAGGAUCAAUUUCUGUGGUGGGAAGUCUAUUAGUUUCUAUUCAGUCUUUCGAAACGAUCAUGAAAUCCGAGAUUUUGUGGCUGGAGGAGCUGCGUCUGGGGUGUCCUCAGCUUUCGGGGCCCCGAUCGGGGGAACACUUUUCAGUUUAGAGGAAGCAGCUAGUUUUUGGAAUCAAGAUCUUACAUGGAGAGUUUUUUUCUCCUCUAUGGUCGCUUGUUUUGCCACAAACUUUUUAAUCAGUGCCAUAAAUGGGGAUCCAACCAAACUAACAGACCCUGGUCUCAUCCGCUUUAAUGCUUUCAAGUUUGAUUUAAAGUUUGACCUGAUUGAAAUUCCAUUUUUUAUAUUCAUGGCAGUUGUAGGUGGGCUUUCUGGUGCUCUUUUUGUGGUGAUGAAUUACAAACUCACUGUGUUUAGAAAAAGAUAUUUGAACAAGAAUUGGAUCAAGGUUGUAGAAGCUGGACUAGUGGCAGUGGUGUCUGCAGCAGUUGCAUUUGGGUUACUGGUGGGAAUCAAUGACUGUACAGAUAAAGCCCCAUUCGACAGCCAUGCUGUCACUGCAGCUGUAUACUGUACAGACAAGAAACACAACAGCUUGUCCACCUUAUUUCUCACCACUCCAGAGGGGUGUCUUAAGGCCCUGCUUCACGACCCGUUUGAGAGUCAUAAUCCAGCCAGUCUAGUUGCAUUUGUCCUGAUUUUCUUUGUACUUGGGGUGUGGACGUAUGGUCUAAGUGUGUCCAGUGGUGUUUUUAUCCCCUCGCUGGCUAUUGGUGCUGCCUGGGGGAGGCUAAUUGGUAUUGGAGUAGCCUACAUGAUGCCAGACAACCCUAACCUGGCAGCCAAUAGCACGCUGAUCAAGCAGCUAGAUGUGGGCAAGUUUGCGCUGAUCGGGGCAGCCAGCCAGCUAGGUGGGAUUCUACGGACCACCAUCAGUCUGACUGUUAUAAUUGUGGAAUGUACAGAUGAUAUCUCCUUUGGACUUCCUAUCAUGAUUGUCUUGAUGAUCUCCAAGUGGGUGGGAGAUUUCAUCACCACUGGUUUGUAUGACAUGAAUGUGGAGGUGAUGGGAAUCCCCACGUUACCUUUUGAGUCUCCUCCACUAUGUGAGGACCUGAGGGCAAGUGAUGUUAUGAGUGCUCCACUUGCCACAUUUAAGACAAAGGAGAAAGUAGAAACUGUGUAUGAGAUGCUGAAGGAUGAGACUUUUUGUGGAUUCCCGGUCAUUGAAGACGAUUCUUUGACUACAGGAAAAGGCAAGUUAAAGGGACUUAUUCUCAGGAGUCAACUACUAGUUCUACUGAAGAAAAAGAUAUUCUGUCCUGAGGGUCAGGUACCACCUCGGAAUAUUACCAUUAAAGACUUCCGGGAUUUCUACCCAGUUUAUCUCAAAGUGUCAGAAAUCGACUUAUCAGAUGAAGAGAAGAGCUACGUAAUAGAUCUUAAGCCCUACUAUAACCCCUCACCCUAUACUGUGGAGAAGAAAUUCUCUCUGUCACGGGUAUUCAACCUGUUCCGAGGACUGGGACUCCGACAUCUCAUUGUGACAGAUGAGAAAAAUGUGCCUGUGGGUAUAGUGACAAGGAAAGACUUGGCCAAAUUCAGAGUGGGCUCCAAGAGAGGACUAGUGAAAAUAGAGCAGCUUAAAAUCCAGGACAAAUGAGAGAUUGGUGUCUGUAGCUACUAGUGCAGGGGUCUAGAUAAAGCCCAUGUGUAGAGAACAAACCUAUAUCUGACGUAGAGCUAGAUAUGCUGUGGUAGUGUUCAAUGUUCUCAGGGGACCGGGCACACUGAUCUCCCAACUCCAGAAUUCCACAUCAGCUGGCGGGUCACCAUCUUUAACUUCACGUCAGCUAGUGGAUCAUCAGCUGUCUUCUUUAACUUGCAAAUUCAUUUGUUUUUAAAUGAUGCAUUUUAUAUGUUUAUGUUAUCUAUGCAAUUGUGGAAUUUAUUGCUCUAUUGAUGAUUGUGUUUGCUAGUUUGAAAUAUAAUGGAAGAUAAACUACAUUCCAUGUUGUAACAUGUGCUAUGUAUAUGAAUUUAUAUUGUAACAGAGUAAGAUAGUGUUUGGAGCGUAACUCUAUGCAUUCCAUAAGGAUCGUUAAUUAAAUAUUGUCUUUGUUAACCCACAAGCAGCAGGCUUCUGUUUAAAAAAAUGCAUCAUGUAAUUGCAGGGUAAUAAACUUAAAAGUUCAAGAGAUUAUACACCUGAUUGUUGACAAAUAUUUACAUGGCUUAAAUCAUGAUCCAUGACAGUUUUUUAAUUAUUACGUUGUUUAGUUGUUAAAUAGAGAAAUCUAGCAAUACAGUUGUGUAGCUGUGCAAGCACGUACUGUUGUAGCCAGUGAAAUCUGUUUUUAUUAUAUGGUUGAUACUAUUUUACAUAAUGGGUAUUCUAAUGCCAUAUAUAAACAAUUUGUGCCAAACAUUUUCACUGUUUUACCUGUUCAAUGUGCAAGAUUUUAGGUUGACAGUUUCUCGGUUGGUAAUGUAUAGUGCAGUGUUUCCCAUUAUCGUAUUUGUUAACGGUGUUUAAAUUUUUACAUAUUAUGUUGAGCUGCAAGGAUGAAGGGGAAUAGACACAGUCUAUCACUCAGUCCUGAAUGUUGUUUAAAUCAAAUAUAUUUUUCAGAAACCAAUUCCAUUCCUCAGUACGGUUUGAUUAUUGUGAAACCUAGUCAAUGUUUACUGAUAGGUACUGUAUACAUGCAUUUUUGCAGUUGUUGCUUUUUACCAAUCUGUGAUAAACUGUAAUGAUGUUGCCUUCAAAAGUGAACAAAUCCUAGACGCAAUUUUAAUUAUUUUUGUCUUAUUUACCUUGUAUCCAGUUUGACCAUAAACACUGUACCCAAGAAAAAUUGUUUGCCAAUUAUUCCCCAUUUAAAAAAAAGUGAAAUUCAUGUAUCUGUUUGACCUUCUAUUGGUUUUAUUACCGUUUUAUUGUGCAUCACACAAAUGGCAUGUAUAUCCAACAACAAAUGUGACCCUAUGUUUUCUCCCUAUGAACAAAGAAUUGAUAAUCCACCUGUUGUUUUAAGUUAAUUUGGUUUGAUUUAAUAUAAUUUUGUUGUUUCAUAUACCUGCAAACAAAUUUUACCUACAUUUUGUAAGAAAUGUCAUCAGUGGUAAUAAAAGUGUUCCUGAG